CUGAGUAAGCAGUUAAGCCCUACUCCAGGACAACAAGCCUUGAACACUGUGCUGGGAGACUGCAAAAUUGGCAGACUCUGCAUCAUGAACACUCUGUCUGAAGCAAACGGCACCUUUGCCAUCCACGUUUUAAAGAUCCUUUGUCAAAACAACCCUUCGAAAAAUGUAUGUUACUCUCCUGUGAGCAUCUCCUCUGCUCUAGCUAUGGUCCUCUUGGGGGCGAAGGGAGACACUGCAGUCCAGAUAUCUCAGGCACUUUGUUUAAACACAGAAGACGACAUUCAUCAAAGCUUCCAGAGGCUUCUCAGUAAUCUGAACAAGCCCAACAGAAAGUACUUGCUUAGAAUGGCCAACCGGCUCUUUGCAGAGAUCACUUACGAAUUCCUCCCAACCUAUAAGGAGUCCUGUCUCCAGUUCUAUCACUCGGAGCUGGAGCAGCUGUCCUUUGCCAAAGCUCCAGAGGAGUCCAGGAAGCACAUAAACACGUGGGUCUCCAAACAGACUAAAGGGAAAAUUCCAGAGUUGCUGUCAAAUGACUCAGAUGAUCUAGAGACCAGACUGGUUCUUGUCAAUACCUUAUAUUUCAAAGGAAGAUGGAAUAAAGAGUUUGACACAGAAGAUACCCGUGAAAUGCCGUUUAAGAUAAGUCUGAAGGAAGAGAGACCAGUGCAGAUGAUGCGUCAGGAAGACAGAUUUAACCUCGCCCACGUGAAGGAAGUACAGGCACAGGUGCUGGUGAUGCCCUAUGAGGGCCUGGAGCUGAGCUUUGUGGUCCUGCUCCCGGACAAUGGUGUGGACCUCAGCCAGGUGGAAAACAAUCUCACUUUUGAGACGUUAAUGACCUGGACCAAACCUGACUUUAUGAAGAGCAUUAUGGUUGAGGUUUUCCUUCCAAAAUUUAAACUACAAGAGGAUUAUGACAUGAAGUCUGUGUUUCAGCACUUGGGAAUGGUGGAUGUCUUCCAAGGCGGCAAGGCUGAUUUAUCAGGAAUGUCUCCAGAGAGAGACCUAUGUCUGUCCAAGUUUGUUCACAAGAGUGUUGUGGAGGUCAACGAAGGCGGCACUGAGGCUGCAGCAUCUUCAGCUGGAAAAGAUGUAUUUUACUGCGACUGUGAUGAUGAUGAUGAUGUUCCAACGUUCUGUGCAGACCACCCCUUCCUUUUCUUCAUCAGGCACAACAAAACCAAUAGCCUCCUGUUCUGUGGCAGGUUCUCCUCUCCCUAAAGGCACAGUUACCAUUUGGGAAACAGUUUACAACUCUGUGAGGAUGGGCAUGGAGGGGUAUGAAAGCACUAUCCUCCUGACAGCCUCAUCUAAUGAGGCCCAUAUUCCUCUCUGCCUACCUUGACAUUCAUCUGUUCCCUUUGCCAGGUUACGGGACCACAGAGUGAUUUGUUUUUUUGUUGUCUUUAGGAGCCAAACAAAUCCAACAAGGUAGCCUAUAGGGUUAUCUAAGGUGACCCUAAUAAAGAUCCUACACACUGCACAGAAAAGCCACGCCUGCUAUAUACACUGUGCUUUCCUGGCUCCUCAACUCUUGCCAUCACUUGCCUUAACCUGUUCACAUCAUAGUAAACACUUCUGUGGAUGAUGAUCACAGAUCUCCUAGUGAUUGGCCCUUAGUGCACAUUUUAACUUUACUUUUCUUUGCUGUUCACCAGUCACCGGGUGUGUGCCCACCACUGUGUUAGGCUUGGGGGCAGGUGCAGACAGUGUGGUCCUCUAACAGCUGGCCUUUUCUAUAUGUUGUCAACUUAUCUAGGAGUCCUGACAGCUAGCUUGGACUACCACAUGUUCCCUCACAGGAGUCACACUUCUGUAGACAAUUGGGCUUCACCACAACCAACUGUAAUAAUAAU